UGCCACCGGUUCGAAUCCGGCCUGCACGGUGCCUCCAGUGAUGACUGGCCUCUUCGUGGUCCACAGUCGUGCAUGAUUGAACAUCACCAAUAUGUUGACCCUGUGGACAGACAAGAGCCGUGGAUCAGCGUGUCGCUAAAAAUUGUCGUCGAGCCUGGGAAGGAGGAGUGCUUCUUCCAAAGAGUCCGUACAGGCAUGAAGUUCGACCUCGGUUACUAUGCCACCAGUCAGGAUGUAAAUACCAACUUACGGGUGAUCAUCAGGUCGGACCGAGGAGAGAGACUCUAUGAAUCCUACGAAGAACUGGCAGAUCAUUUUAAUACGGUAGCCCACUAUGAUGGUUUAUUCACUAUCUGCUUCAGCAAUCAAGCGUCUCGACACUAUGCUAAGAAGGUCUCGAUGGCAAUCGACAUGUACGAAGAGACCAAAGUUCGAGAGUACUUUCGGCUAAAAGAAGAAAAGGAAGUUCUUUUUGGCAAUGCGUCGGAGUCUCUCAUGAGAACAUGGAAACACUUGUGGCGCGCGUCCCGCGAGCAGUUCAUACUCCGUCAAACCACGCAGAGAGACGAGGAAUUCAUGGCCAACAACGCAGACUACAUCCUGUACUGGUCCGUGGCUCAGGCUAUCAUCAUCAUAUCAGCAGGCGUGGGUCAAGUCUUGGCCCUGCGGAGCCUUUUCAACGUCAAGGCUCUGACGCCGACCCAAAAGCCCAGAUGCUAGGUUUUAGCGGUAAGCCAGCCAAAAUGCCAACAUAAUAACAUAAGCAGUGAGGAUGUACAUCCCCGUGAUCUCCAUUUUGAUAUGGCUUUGUAAGAUUUGUCAAAGGGAAUGUGAAGUCUGACAUUUCAACAGAGGGCAGCUCGUCUACUCUCAAGACAAGCAAUAAAGCCAUUUUCCCACACAUGCUUUAUCCCCAGAAAUCCCGAGGCCCAUUUUCCCCGGCCACAGUCGCAACCUUCGAAUUCAGCUUCAGUUUCAUGGAGCAACGAGGAACAGAAAUUCACUAAGAAAAAAAAUCUUGCUGUGCUGUGCCACAGAAACAGCUUACCAACCAAACUGUCACAAUGGGGGCAUAAUUGACUGUACAGCUGGCUCCCUUCGCAUUUGGCUAACUACGAAAAGUGAGCCCGUUCGGUAUUUCAAAAAAGACCUCGCGCAGGAGCGUUGCUAAUUCCCGAAUGACUUCGGGCGUCAUCAUUUUGGGCAUGCACUGUUGGAAUUCCGAGCUGGCUCAUUGCCAAGCACAUUUUCUGCUUAGCCGUACUACGUACAUUGGGCAUGGUUAACCGAGACCGGGGAAAAUUUAUCACAAUUCCUGUAGUAUACGCGUCCAAGCUGUAAAUCCUCCUUCGACAGAGCGCCCCACCCACUGCGGACGUCAGCCAAUCCCCGUGUUUCACAUGCGCGGGCGCGCACGUCAAAUACGAAUCACAGAUGUUGUUAGUUUAAGCGCACGUGCAGGACUAAAAGAAAAAACUUCCACCCCCCUGCACCACAUGGUCGAUUAAUUUUGCACAACAAAGUUUUAAGCAAUCAGGUUUGACCAUUUAUGCAAAUUUUACUUUCUUCUCUUUUGUCUAAGGAUUCUUCUUCGUGACAACAUGUUGCGGAUUUAAAACAGUUUUUUCUUUUUUGGGUAAUUUCAGUUUGUUUUCGCUCAAUCGUCAUAAUUUCUAGAUGGGGUUAGCAGUUUUGAUGGUUUCAAAGUUUAAUAAUUUUCAAACUCAUGACUUCCGUUUACUUGCUUAGAAACGUAAAUUCGAAUUCGAAAUUGUGGUUUGGAAUAAUAUUUUGCAUGUCUUUCUUUCGUUACACUUUCACAGCAAUCUGAAAUUGAGAAAUAAGACAUGUGGGAUAUAAAAACUGAUUAUCAAAAAUUUAAAACAAUCACAGGAAAUAUGGUGAAUUACAUCGUGAAAUCGACACCAAUAAAAACCUUCCAGAUCUUUAUUUGGUUUAAGCAUUUAUUUCUUCUGCUUUUAACCUGUAUUUUUAACGGAAAUACAUUUGGUAUACUUCAUAUACAAGUAAGUCUUUUAACUUUGUACUUUCAUCAGCAAAACUUUGGAUGAGGAUAAAACGUCAAACCACACCACCGGCUGUUCUUUCAUUCCUUCAAUUAAAGAAGGGGAGGGGGAAAGGCGGGAGGAGAAAAAAAAAGUUGAGCUGCUAUUUCGAAAUUGAUUUCUUGUCGAAAUUUUGUCUUAAUUAUAUAGUGUUUUGUCGGGCAACAAAAAGGCCGAUUCCCACAUUUGGUGAUUGGAAUGAUAAAGAUAAUUUUACCGUAAGUAGUAUUAAUAAUUCAUUUCAAAGUUUCACAUAAGUAAUGAGUGAUUAAUACUUUUAAUUUUACAUGCCUUUAAGUUUUUUUUAAUAAAAGUGCAUUCUUUGCAACAUACAUGCACGAA